UUUUCACACUCUUUCUCUCUCUCUCUCUCUCAAUCAUUCUCUGUUCCUUUUUUAGUCCUCUUGUCCAAUCAUCGUUGCUCUCUCUCUAUCUCUUCAAAAAUUCCAAUUGGGUUAGAGAGAGAAAGUGGAAGUGGUAGAAGAAGAAGAAGAGUGACCCUCUCCUCUCUCUCUCUCUCUCUCUCUCUUUCACUAGCAAUUCUGUCUCUAUACGUCUCUCUUUGUCUUUCUAUCAGAUAGUGGAGGAUAGAGGUUGUUGUCGAAUCAAGUCUUGGGCUUGGACACUUCGUAUUCUGCAAAUUGCACUCUGUUUCUUUUCUUUUUUUUUGGUUACGCGCUGCUUUCGGGCUCUAGGGUUUGAUUGCUUUGUACUUUUGUCAGUGAGGUGAUGCGAUGAAGCAGCAUAUGCACAAUUCAUCUUCAGGGCCAACUGAGAUUACACCAGUAAAUGUUCCUAAGAAAGUUGGCAGUGGAGCAUGGGAAAUUUUCUCUGGAUCUGAUGCCUACCGUGGCUCGGGUGAUGCUACCCUAUUUUCAAGCUCAUUACCUGUUCUUCCACACGCAAAGUUGAACUUGAAUGAUGCAGAGCAGGGUUAUCCAUCUGUUAAUGAUAUUUCUUGUGGUGUAAAGAAACUCCCUCAAAAUGUUGAGAACAAUGAGACACUUGAAGCUGGGGAAAGUAAUGCAAUUGGAAGCUUGCUUCCUGAUGAUGAAGAUGAGCUUUUAGCUGGUUUAGCAGAUGAUCUUGAUCUUAGUGGUUUGCCUGGUUCAUUAGAGGACUUGGAAGAAUAUGAUCUUUUUGGUAGUGGAGGAGGCAUGGAAUUGGAAACUGAUCCACAGGAGAGCCCAAGGAUAGGUAUGUCGAAGAUAAAUGUAUCUGAUGGUGCUCUUAAUAAUGGGUUGCCUCAUUAUACUCUUUCGAAUGGUGUGGGAACUGUUGCUGGAGAACAUCCGUAUGGUGAGCAUCCUUCCAGAACAUUAUUUGUUCGGAAUAUCAACAGUAAUGUUGAGGAUUCAGAACUUAAAACUCUCUUUGAGCAAUAUGGCGAUAUUAGAACUCUGUACACCGCAUGUAAACAUAGGGGAUUUGUGAUGAUAUCUUAUUAUGAUAUUCGUGCUGCUCGAACUGCUAUGCGUGCAUUACAGAACAAGCCUCUGAGGCGGAGGAAACUUGAUAUCCACUUCUCAAUUCCAAAGGAUAACCCAUCAGACAAGGAUAUUAAUCAAGGAACAUUGGUAGUUUUUAAUUUGGAUCCAUCAGUGUCAAAUGAAGACCUCCGACAAAUAUUUGGGGCCUACGGCGAGGUCAAAGAGAUAAGGGAAACACCACACAAGAGACAUCAUAAGUUUAUUGAGUUUUAUGAUGUUAGAGCCGCAGAAGCAGCACUUAAAUCAUUAAAUAGGAGUGACAUAGCUGGUAAACGUAUAAAGCUUGAACCUAGUCGUCCUGGUGGAGCUCGUCGAAACUUGAUGUUGCAACUGAAUCAAGAACUUGAACAAGAUGAAUCUAGGAACUUUCGACAUCCAGUGGGUUCGCCAAUAACCAACUCUCCUCCAGGCAACUGGAUGCAGUUCAACAGCCCUAUUGAACAUAGUCCUAUGCACAGUUUUAGUAAAUCUCCUAGUUUUAGAACCUUGAGCCCGACUAGUAGCAACCAGUUGCCUGGGUUAGCAUCAAUUCUGCAUUCUCAAGCACCAAAUACUGCAAAGAUUGCACCUAUUGGCAAGGACCAAGGAAGGGGCAGUCAUGUGGACCAUAUAUUUAGCAAUGCAAACUCAGCUCACGGAUCUGCAUAUCAGCAAUCACAUUCAAUCCCAGAGGCGAAAUUGGGCCACUUUAAUGGAACUAUACCCUCCUUUCGUCCUUCAACAUCAAAUGGGUCUGGCAUGGAAACUUUGUCAGGGCCACAAUUCCUGUGGGGGAGUCCAAAUCUGUACUCAGAGCACACCACAUCUUCAGCUUGGCCAAGACCGGCACCAUGUGUGGGGCAUCCAUUUACAACUAGUAAGGGUCAUGCAUUUCCAUUUUCAGUUCAUCAUGGCUCUUUCCUUGGCUUGUCCCAUCACCAUUAUCAAGGUCAGCACCAUCAUGUUGGAUCUGCUCCAUCUGGGGUCCCUUUAGACAGGAACUUUGGUUACUUCUCAGAGUCACCAGAAACUUCAUUUUUGAGUUCUGUUGCAUAUGGCGGCGUGGGUUUAGGCCCCAGUGAUGGAAAAUUAAAGGCAAAUAUCAGUGGUCCUCGAGCUGCUGUCAAUUCUGGCAUUUCGAUUCCAGGAAACAUGUCUGAAAAUGGCACAAAUUAUAAGAUGAUGUCCUCUCCAAGGCUUAGCCCUGUGCUUUUAGGUAAUGGCCCAUUCCAUGGACUUUUACCUACAAACAUUGAUGGUUUGAUUGAGCAUGGGCGGAACAGACGGGUAGAGAAUAAUGGGAACCAGAUUGAUGGAAAAAAACAGUUUCAACUUGAUUUGGAUAAGAUCAUCUCUGGGGAAGAUAAUCGGACAACUUUAAUGAUAAAAAAUAUACCAAAUAAAUACACCUCAAAAAUGUUGCUUGCUGCCAUAGAUGAAAAUCUCAGGGGUACUUAUGAUUUUCUCUACUUGCCGAUUGAUUUUAAGAAUAAAUGCAACGUGGGCUAUGCAUUUAUCAAUAUGCUGUCUCCUUCGCACAUCAUUCCAUUUUAUGAGGCAUUUAAUGGAAAGAAGUGGGAGAAGUUUAACAGUGAGAAAGUUGCUUCCUUGGCAUAUGCUAGAAUUCAGGGAAAGGCAGCCCUUGUCACUCACUUUCAGAAUUCAAGCUUGAUGAAUGAAGAUAAACGCUGCCGCCCUAUUCUCUUUCAUUCUGAAGGUUCAGAAGCUGGUGAUCAGAUUAUCCAGGAACAUCUUCCAUCCAACAAUCUGAACAUUUUGACCUCUCAGCCUAAGGAGUCAUACUUAGGUGAUUUCCCAGGAAGUCCAACUGAGGAGCACAACAAUCAUGAGAUGCCAGGAGUAAGAUAACAGUGUGCCUGAGGCAGAUCACCAUCAACCAAUUCUGAUGGUGGCUGCAGGUUCUAACCAUUGCAUAUAUACUCUAGUGUACAAAGUUAGGAAGAGAAGGAAAAGGAUAAGAAAAAGUGUGCAAACUUUGUAUAAUAUUCCUUUUUGGUAGUGUUUGUUAGAGAGCUUUGACAGAAACAGCAGAAGCCUUUUGUUGAUGGUUGGCUCAAUGGCUUGAUAUAUUUUGGAGGGUAAGCUGAAGUGCAUGGGUGGGAAUUGAAUUUUCUCUUCACAAAUGCGCAUUAUAUAUGUAUUUCCUCUAUCUUCCUUUUGGGCAUAUUUUUUUCCGUGACCUGAGCAAUUUAGUUUGCAGAUUCGAUGUUCAUAUCAGUCUCUGGAUAUUUACGUUUCAAGCGAUUGAGGUUUCUUAGGUUUGGUGAUUUAGCAUGGGUACAAAUUGUACAGGGAGAGGGAAAUGCUUCCUCCCUUUUUUUUUUUUUUUUUUUUUUAAUUAUUAUUAUUAGUCUUAUGCAUUUGGAUUCUUGAUGUGGAAAUUCAAACAUGUAAUGGAGACAUGAUAUUUCUCAUUUGAAUAUAUGAUGGCUUCAUAUUUAUCAAAAUCUUACCAUCUUUCUUUU